ACCGCGUCUUUAUAUAGUGUGACGUCACCGGCGAGCAGCACAUCUUUGUCAGUGAACAAAAUGGCAACCUACUGUCUGACUGUCGCCAGGCUUCAGCUGGCCCUGGGCCACGGCGCACGCCGCCUGCACGUAUCGGCAGCGUACAGAGCCACGGCCAAUGUGUCUAUGAGCCGGUUUGAGCCCACCUCGUUCGUCAACUACGAGAAGCUCCAUUCCAACGUUGACAUUGUGCGAAAAAGACUCAAUCGGCCCCUCACGCUGUCAGAGAAGAUUGUUUAUGGCCACCUUGAUGACCCCCACAACCAGGAUAUCGAUCGUGGCCGCACCUAUCUGCGGCUGCGUCCCGACCGCGUGGCCAUGCAGGAUGCCACAGCCCAGAUGGCGAUGCUCCAGUUCAUCAGCAGCGGCCUGCCAAAAGUGGCCGUGCCCUCCACCAUCCACUGCGAUCACCUGAUCGAAGCCCAGAUCGGCGGGGUUGUGGAUCUGGCCAGGGCAAAGGAUGUCAACCAAGAGGUGUACAACUUCCUGUCCAGUGCUGGGGCAAAAUAUGGAGUUGGCUUCUGGAAACCAGGCUCUGGAAUCAUCCAUCAGAUCAUACUCGAGAACUACGCCUACCCGGGAGUGAUGCUUAUUGGCACGGACUCCCACACACCAAACGGAGGUGGGCUUGGUUCCAUCUGCAUUGGAGUUGGAGGAGCCGACGCUGUGGAUGUCAUGGCAGGAAUUCCAUGGGAGCUCAAGUGCCCCAAGGUGAUUGGAGUGAAGCUGACUGGCUCACUUUCUGGCUGGACGUCCCCUAAGGAUGUCAUCUUGAAGGUGGCCGGCAUCCUGACAGUGAAGGGAGGCACUGGAGCCAUUGUUGAAUAUUAUGGACCAGGAGUCGACUCCAUUUCCUGCACUGGAAUGGCCACCAUUUGCAACAUGGGAGCAGAAAUUGGAGCCACGACCUCAGUAUUCCCCUACAACCACCGCAUGAAGACCUACCUGGAGAAGACUGGACGUGGACAGAUCGCUGCCCUGGCCGAUGAAUACUCCGACUUGUUGGUGCCAGACGAAGGCUGCGAGUACGAUCAGAUCAUCGAGCUAAAUCUGGACGAGCUGAAGCCCCACAUCAACGGACCAUUCACCCCUGACCUGGCUCACCCAGUGUCUGAAGUUGGUGCUGUUGCUGAGAAGAACGGCUGGCCACUCGAGGUCAAAGUUGGUCUGAUCGGCAGCUGUACCAACUCCAGCUACGAGGACAUGGGCCGUGCUGCUUCUGUGGCCAAGCAGGCUUUGGAUAAAGGCCUGAAGUGCAAAGCUCAGUUCACGGUCACCCCCGGCUCAGAGCAGAUCCGUGCCACCAUCGAGCGAGAUGGAUAUUCAAAGAUCCUUGGAGAUGUUGGAGGCGUGGUCUUGGCAAACGCCUGUGGGCCCUGCAUCGGACAAUGGGACAGGCGUGAUGUGAAGAAGGGAGAGAAGAACACAAUCGUCACCUCAUUCAACAGAAACUUCACUGCCAGGAACGAUGCUAACCCUGCGACACAUGCCUUUGUUACCUCCCCUGAGAUCGUCACUGCCAUGGCCAUUGCCGGCACGUUAAACUUCAACCCCGAGACAGACUACCUUACAGCCCCCAAUGGCGAGAAGUUCAAGCUCGAGCCCCCCAACGGAGAUGAACUCCCCGCCAGAGACUUUGAUCCAGGCCAGGACACCUACCAGCACCCACCACCUGACGGCACCAGCCUCAGAGUGGACGUCAGCCCUGAGAGCAACCGGCUACAGCUGCUGGAGCCCUUCGACAAAUGGAGCGGCGGCGACCUGAAGGACAUGCAGGUCCUCAUCAAGGUGAAGGGCAAAUGCACCACAGACCACAUCAGUGCCGCUGGACCGUGGCUGAAGUUCCGCGGCCACCUGGACAACAUCUCCAACAACAUGCUGAUCGGUGCCGUCAACAGCGAGAACGACGCCAUCAACAAGUUAAAAAACCAACUGACGGGAGAGUAUGGAGGAGUCCCUGACGUUGCUCGUCACUACAAGGCCAAUGCUUUGUCGUGGGUUGUGGUCGGAGAUGACAACUACGGUGAGGGCUCCAGCAGGGAGCACGCAGCGCUGGAGCCCAGGCAUCUGGGAGGGAGAGCCAUCAUUGUCAAGAGCUUUGCCAGAAUUCAUGAAACUAACCUGAAGAAGCAGGGUCUGCUCCCAUUGACCUUCAGCAACCCGUCUGACUACGACAAGAUCCGCUUUGACGACAAGAUCUCCAUCAAAGGACUCAAAACCUUCACUCCAGGAAAGCCUCUGACCGCCGCGGUGAAGCACAGCGACGGCAGCGAGGACACCCUGGUGCUCAACCACAGUUUCAACGAGACACAGAUCGAAUGGUUCAAGGCAGGCUCAGCCCUCAACAGGAUGAAGGAGGUGCAGCACUGAGCAAGAGGAGCGAGGAGAGAGAAUGUGCAGGAGGAUGAGGAUUUCCAAGGGGGGGGGAAAACAGGGUGGUGAGGAUUGUGGGGAAAUAGGGGGCUGGGAAUGUUGACAGCUGCUUCAUCACCUUCAUUAGCACACGCAGCUUGGACUGAAGUAAUGUUAAGAGUUAAAUGUUUGUGAAUGACUUCAGACUUAGUGCCGAGCUGAUGUCGAUGAUGGACCACGGCAACAUCAUUGUCGAGACUGGUGUAGGUGAACGCAUCAUGUUUUUCAGAGUCAAACUGUUAUAACAGGUUAGAAAUCUUUCUGUUGUAAAAACUAAAAAAAGAUGCACACAAAGCUUGGUGACAUAAUCCGCCACCAGCUGAUGUGCUGCCAGUGUUUUUGCAGCUGUUCAAACAGGUCGCUACAACUCUGGAGGCCAUUUCACACUGGCUUGAGAAUAGUGUUGCACACUGUGUGCAACUUGUCAGCUUUAGUCAACUAUUGUCAUUCAAGCUGCUCCUGUGUUAUUUAAAGUCCACCCUGGGACAGUUAAUACUGCUGUCGUUGGUUCUCUGGUUCUGUCAGUGAAGCUGUACUCGGCAGUGAUCAUGUGUUUCCAGAACAAACUUUCACUCAUCCACUGAAAUACUUCAGGGUGAGCCUGUCUGCUCCUUAGCGGCCACUAGGAGGCACUGCAGUGUCUACAAGGCACCCAAUGACUGCAGUAUCUACAGUUAGUUGAAUUUUAUUCUGUGAAAGGUAGGACAUCGCGUAAAAGCGGAUUGAGAGAAUCUGAAUUAAGCUAAAAGAGCACAACUCGUGGGAUGUAGUGAACAUCACAGAUUGGUUACCGUCCAACUGUCCAGUUUUACAGUAGGUUUUCAUCCACAGUGAAUAUUGUCAUUGUUACUAAAGGAUACAGAGAAUUAUUGUACGCAUUUCCUUAUAUACAAAGGAACUUUUAUGCUUUAAUACUGUGUAAAAAUAUCCUGUUUUAUCCUCUUCCUCCCCGACGCCAUCCUUAACCCACCCCCAUCCCCCAAUCAAAUCCUAACCUCUUUACAAGGUCAAACACACCGCAAGAUCUUCCCCUUGUUAAUUUAUUUAUGCUUUCCCCCCCCUCCUGCAAUAGUCCACAUCCUGCAUGAAAUUUCAUAAAGGUUUUAUUCUUUUUUUCUUCUUUGGAGAAAAAUAAACGAACACAAUUUUGAGUUUUGUAAUGGUUGAGGAAAAACUGACAACUGUAAAUUUCCACCUGCUUGAUAUAAGUAAUGUGGCAACUCGUAAGAGAUACACUUUGCUGUGGUGGGAUAUCAUUUUAACUGAAAAUCACUCCACAACCUCAAUGUAGGAGGUUGUAAACCAAACAAAACGUUUGGUUUUUCCCCCUUCACUACAUCAGUCCCUGCAAACAAAAUGCAUCAACAAGUCAAUCCAAGGCUUUAACCACUGUCUCACUGUAUGUAGUGUCUGCUUUUAUGUACAUUUAAGUGUCAGGUUUUCUCUUCACAUCGAUGAUCCUGUCUGUGUACAGAAAUGCCAAUGGGUUGUAAAAUAAAAGCGAUGUGAAUAAAAUGUGUUUAAAUGUUGA